CUUUGGGCAGCGCAGCCUUGGAUCUGGGGUCGUCCCUCACAUAAGUGUGACUCCCUCUCCGCCAUGAACGGCCUAUCCAUCAGCGAACUCUGCUGCCUCUUCUGCUGCGCACCCUGUCCUGGUCGAAUCGCAGCCAAAUUGGCCUUCCUGCCUCCAGAGCCUACCUACUCCCUUGUGGCCGAGCCUGAGCCGGGUUCCCGCUGGAAAUUGCACCUGAUGGAGCGAGCUGACUUACAGUAUACACAGCGCGAUCUAGACACGACUGAGGUCUUCUUUACCAAGAGCAGUCGGGGGAACCGCAUAUCCUGUAUGUACGUCCGCUGUGUGCCAGGGGCCAGGUUCACGGUUCUAUUCUCCCGUGGCAAUGCAGUGGCCCUGGGCCAGAUGAGCAGCUUCUACAUUGGCCUGGGCACCCGCAUCAACUGCAACAUCUUCUCUUAUGACUAUUCAUGCUACGGGGUGAGCUCAGGAAAACCCUCAGAGAAAUAUGCCAACAUCGACGCUGCUUGGCAGGCUCAUCGGACCAGGUAUGGCAUCAGCCCAGAGGACAUCAUCUUGUACGGCCAGAGCAUCGGAACGGUGCCCACCGUGGACCUGGCCUCGCACUACCAGUGUGCUGCUGUGGUGCUGCACUCCCCCCUCACCUCAGGCAUGAGGGUCGCCUUCCCUGAUACCAAGAAGACCUAUUGCUUUGACGCCUUCCCCAACAUUGAGAAGGUCUCCAAGAUCACGUCGCCUGUACUGAUAAUCCACGGCACCGAGGACGAGGUGAUUGACUUCUCACAUGGACUAGCACUGUAUGAGCGCUGCCGGAAAGUUGUGGAGCCACUUUGGGUGGAGGGUGCUGGGCACAGCGACAUCGAGCUCUAUAGCCAAUACUUGGAGCGCCUUCGAAAGUUCAUCUCGCAGGAGCUGACAAACCAGCGCAACUGAGGCCCCCAGAGACCCCUCAGGGCAGGAUGGGCACCAACAGGCACAUGGGCCCAGGGAACCUGUGGAGAGCUUGGA